CCCGUCCUCCCUCGUCCCGAGCGCUUCCCCUCUCUCCUCCCGAUUCAUCACCUAACCCCUUUCAAACUUUUGAAAUAUCUCACACGCAUUUCUUAUAUCCUUUGAUAAGCUUUAAUCGAUUGUUGCUGGUGUGAUCACUUUUUCUUGUUUUUAUUUUAAAUCAAAUCUCUCCAACGACCAACUCACCUUUAAAUUAAAAUCUCACUGUGAUUUCGAAAAGGGUCGGUUCUUUGUCUUCUUCUACCCACCAUUCGGCCGGCCGGCAGUCUCAUCGCGACCGAUCGGGACGAAAAGGACGGAACGAUGAGCGGCGCGGCGGUCGGUGGGAGGCAGAUACCGCCGCGAUCCGGCCACCACCAGCGGCAAUUCUCGUCCGACCACUUCCUCAUCGACUCCGCCGGCGCCGGCGGCAAGUGGCUUGGGUCUGCCGGCAUCAACCACCCCUAUUCCUCCAGCCUCCCUCCUUCCCAGCAGGUUGAGUACUCGAGGGCGGUGCGGGGCGUGAACAGAGGCACAGGAGGGGAGCUCUUCUUGUCGGUUGAGUCCUCGGCGCCAGCAUUGGGCUCGUGGUCUUCGAGCCAGAGGAGGAAUGGGGAUGAUACCGUGUCGGCCGGCCAGCUGAGCCCAGGGAUCUUGGAUCUCCACUCCCUCGACACUGAGCUCCUUCCUGAAAUUCCACUUCCUGUAUUGUAUGAUGGUGUUCAACCAUUUGGAUAUGCUCAAGGUAGAGGCUUUGAUGAUUUGGAUCCAAGCUUUUUUACCGGCAAACAGAUAACCAAGGCAGAGAACAAUCCCUUGAAAAAUUUCUCAGCAGACAAAGAGAAGCUGGCUUCUGUUGCCAAGAUCAAAGUAGUGGUGCGCAAGAGGCCACUUAACAAAAAGGAAAUAGCAAAGAAAGAGGAAGACAUCAUCACAAUAGAACGAACCUCCAAUUCUCUUACUGUACAUGAGACUAAACUGAAGGUUGACCUAACAGAGUAUGUUGAGAAGCAUGAAUUCGUAUUUGAUGCUGUGUUGGAUGAGGAUGUUUCAAAUGAUGAAGUUUAUCAGGAGACAGUGGAGCCAAUUGUUCCUGCAAUUUUUCGGCGUACCAAGGCAACUUGUUUUGCUUAUGGACAAACAGGUAGUGGAAAGACAUAUACGAUGCAACCACUCCCCCUUAGAGCAUCACAAGAUAUUCUGAGGCUCAUGCACCAUACGUACUGCAAUCAAGGGUUUCAGUUGUUUGUCAGUUUCUUUGAGAUAUAUGGUGGGAAGCUCUUUGAUCUUCUAAACGACAGGAGAAAGCUUUGCAUGAGGGAGGAUGGUAAACAGAAAGUUUGUAUUGUGGGUUUACAAGAGUAUAGAGUUUCCAAUGUGGAUGCUAUCAGGGAGUUAAUUGAAAGAGGAAAUGCAACCAGGAGUAUAGGUACUACUGGUGCGAAUGAAGAGUCUUCACGAUCUCAUGCCAUUCUUCAGCUUGCUAUCAAAAAGUCAGUUGAUGGUAGUGAAUCAAAGCCACCUCGGAUUGUUGGCAAGCUAUCCUUCAUAGACCUUGCAGGCAGUGAGCGUGGUGCAGAUACCACUGAUAAUGAUAAGCAGACAAGAAUUGAAGGUGCGGAGAUCAACAAAAGCUUGCUUGCACUGAAGGAAUGUAUUAGAGCACUUGACAAUGAUCAGGUUCAUAUUCCUUUUAGGGGCAGUAAACUGACGGAAGUUCUGAGGGACUCAUUCAUUGGAGACUCACGCACUGUGAUGAUUUCAUGCAUUUCUCCAAGUUCUGGUUCAUGUGAACACACUCUCAACACAUUGAGAUAUGCUGAUAGGGUGAAGAGCCUCUCAAAGGGCAGCAACCCCAAGAAGGAUCUUCCAUCAGGAACCUUAAGAGAGUCGACUGCUUUACCCCUAUCUUCAAUUUUACCGCCUGUCUCCACCCUUGAAGGCAGCAAUGAUGAAGGUGCCAAUGAAAAAAACAAAUUUGGCGAAUCAAAACAAUCUAGAAGAGAGACAUCUCCAACUUUUAAUAUGGAUCCUGUCCCCAGCAAGAGGGAGGAGGUGCAUGUGGCUUCAUUCGAUGGUGAUUAUUUCAAGGAGCAAAGAAGCAAGCGUUCAACAACUGCGGAGGAGAUUGAUUUAUCUGCAAUGGCAUAUGAGCAGGGAAAAACUUCAUGGAGGAAAGGAAAAGCAGAGAUCUUCUCAGUUACAUCUUUGGAUGAUAGAGUGAAGAGGGCUCACGUACCACCUCAAAAAUGGAAGGAUGUGGCUGAUGAUGAUGAAGAUGAUGAUCUGAAUACUCUAUUGCAGGAAGAAGAAGAUCUGGUGGUCGCACAUCGGAAACAAGUGGAAGAGACUAUUGAUAUUGUUCGGGAGGAGAUGAACCUGCUGGUUGAAGCAGAUCAACCUGGCAGCAAGUUGGAUGAUUACAUAUCGAAAUUGAAUGCACUCCUCUCACAGAAGGCUGCUGGAAUUGUAAAUAUGCAGGCUCGUCUGGCUCGGUUUCAGAGGCAUUUGAAUGAGUACAAUGUUCUGCUUUCUUCACCUGGACCAUGAUUCUUGGUCCUCAGGCUCUCAGCAGAAUUGGCCAUAAUUGAAGUAUAUCUAGCAUAAGAUCAAUGGUGCUAAAUCAGUCUCCAUUGGACUGGGUAGCUGUCUCUCCAUGAUGAUGGCGUGGUGGGCUUGCUGGCUUCCAUGUCAGGCAGUUGUACCGGCAAAGCUGUGAUAGGAUCAGGGGUUCUUGAUCAUACAAAUAUCUAUGGAUAUUUUAUGGUAAAUCUGUUACUUUUGACCUUUUAGUGUGCUGCUGUCUUUUUUUUUUUUUGUUAUAAAAGCUUGUCUUAUUUUUAUUUUUUUUAAUCGAUAUAUCUAUAUUGCUUUGUGAGGCGCUCAUGCUUUUAGCAGCACUACUUGUAAAUGUUUUCCUAGUUACAUUCAUACCCCCAUGAAAUAAGUACAUCAUGAUGUUCUAGGCUAA